CUUUGCACAGCGCUCUGCACACAGUAAGCGCUCAAUAAACGGGAUCGAUUGACCGACCGACAGAUGGAGGCGAGAACAGGUGGAGGGCAUUUCUGGCCAGCCCCACGGGCCCGUUCCGGGCGAUAGGAAGCCCUUUGUCCCGGAGUGCCGCCGCUGAAAAUUGAAGGAAGGAUAUCGGACAGACGUAACUGCCCUGGGAUGAAGUGACAAGCCUCAAGCUCAUUGUCCGGAGGAAAUGGAUCUGCGGCCUGGUCCGGGGAGCGAACAAGUAGCCCGGUUGACAUCAUCGGGCUGAGCCUUGGGUUACAACAGACGGGGACUUUUCUUGGCACGGGUUGUGGGCAACACCCACUGAAACCUAGAGGGGCAUUCCGGUUUAGAGAUACGAGCCCGGAGGAGAAGGGCGAGGAGGAGGAGGAGGAACAGGAGCCUGAGCCGAGGCGAGGCUCGUUUGAGUCCAGAAUUCACCACUCACAUCUUCACUCCUGGAUCCGGGACUGAGAAAUUCAGGGCGCCUCAUCCUCGAUAUCCACGUUUCUGAGGUUGGAGCUGUCGGGCUGAAGAAAUGCAGAGAAGAGAAAAAAACUGACGAGGCCCGGCCCGGGAUGCGACAGGCGUGAUGGAGGUCGAAUCUUCAUACUCGGACUUCAUUUCGUGCGACCGGACUGGCCGCAGAAACGCAGUGCCCGACAUCCAAAGCGGCGCGGAGGCGGCGAGCGUGAGGAAGCUGGCCGGGGACCUGGGGGACUUGGCACUUGAGGCAGCUGGUCAGUCGGGGCGCUUGCCCCCAACCCCCCGGGAAGGUCAGGCCGAGGCGAGCGCAGCCGACAAGGAGGCGGGAGCCAGCCCCGAGGGAAGCGAGGGUACCACGGCGUCCUGAGGGCCCUCUUUCGCCUGCCCGGGAAGAGGAAGAAUGACCCACAGGGACCACCCAGGACAAUAGCUGUCCCCACCCGCCGUUCCCGACCCCGCGGGCUCCUUCGCCCGAGCGCUGGACUGGCACGAUGGGCUGGCAGUCCCGAGACACCGCAGCCGGGGCGGGCCGGGAGACCCCGCCGACGAGACGCGGCCACCGACAUCUCCCAAGGACUGUCUCCUCCGCCCACCCACGGGCCGCCGCGGCCCGCAGGAGGCCGGCCGAGCGGGGCGGCCCGCCCCCGGGACUCGCCCCGAGGUGACCCCGUGCCCGUGUCCAUCCCGGCCCCUUCUCCGUCUCCACCAUGGCAACCCAAUCCGUUAUUUAUUGUGGGGUCCGCCGUCCGGCCAGGCUAGCUCCUCCUUCCCACCCUCCCACCAGAGGUAGGAGAAGACAGCCUGAAAGCGACCCUUCCAAGCUCGAGGCCCGGGGCCAGGAGCCUAUUCCCUGCCGGGAAUCGAGAUCCAGGGCAAGGGUGUCUCCCGACUCCAGCCCCCAACCGGUCACUGCCACCCCGACAGAAUCCCCGGGCCUCCUCGGCUCCUCUUCCCUUCCUUUUUUAAACUUUUAGACUUUUGAGAUACCGAAAUCGGGAUUUUUUCCUUUGGUUUUUUUCCAGGCGGGCGGGAGGGAGGCGGCGGAAGAGGCGCGCUCCGUGUUUUUGACGCCGUUUUCGGAUAAACUCUUUGAUCUUCUAUGCAGCUCAGAGAUUCUCAGUUCCUUUCUCACGGGAAGUGUUCCGUGCUAAAAAACCUUCAGAUUGACUCUCCGCCCUUUCGUCACAGAUAAACGAAUCCGGCCACCCGGCGAAUAAAUCCAGAUGUUUGUGUGA